CGCACCGCAGCCAUGACAGAGGCUGAUGUGAACCCGAAGGCCUAUCCCCUCGCAGAUGCCCACCUCACCAAGAAGCUGCUGGACCUUGUUCAGCAGUCGUGCAACUACAAGCAGCUUCGGAAAGGAGCCAAUGAAGCCACCAAAACCCUCAACAGAGGCAUCUCUGAGUUCAUCUUGAUGGCAGCAGACGCUGAGCCCUUGGAGAUCAUCCUGCACCUCCCACUGCUGUGUGAAGACAAGAAUGUCCCCUAUGUAUUUGUGCGCUCCAAGCAGGCUCUAGGACGGGCCUGUGGGGUCUCCAGACCUGUCAUCGCCUGUUCUGUUACCAUCAAAGAAGGCUCUCAGCUGAAGCAGAAGAUCCAGUCCAUCCAGCAGUCUAUUGAAAGGCUCCUGGUGUAGGCCUGUGGCUCUGCCCUUCCUGUCUGCUCCCACCCUACUCUGUAUCAUACCGUCUGUUAGCAUGUAGUGUUUUCAGCCAGUUUCUAUUAUAAAUAUUGUACUACAUCUGGUUUUUGUAUUUUAUAGUCUUACAGGGUUGUUCUGUCCCAUCUCUCCACCCUCUCCUACCAUUUUUAAUCUGUUUCACUUACACUAAGCAAAAUGAUAUCUAAAGCAGGUGAGAGGCAGAACGGCACAGUUUAACAGUGGGAAGAACCAGGAAACACCUAAGCCAAGGAUAGUGUCUGCUUCC